UGCCUUCUUCAGCUGAUCCUGGUCCUGGACGUGAAACCCCGCCGGCAGGUAGAGCUGGUUCCGGUUCCUGAGUGGUGACGGUAUGGUCAGGCCGGGGGGGUCGGCCAGGCCGCCUCUGGUGUUGGCGAUGGGGUUUUCCCACCUGGCAUUCAUGUUCCUCUGCAGCAGGGUCUCCAGCUUACUUCAGCCUGUACCAAGAGUCCUCCUUUCUUUUGAAGACCUGCAGGCCUCCCAGUCCUUUGAACACUACAGCAUAUCAGACAAGGCCAUGGACUACAGGAUCCUGCACAUGGACGAGGACCAGGACAGGAUGUAUGUGGGCUGCAAGGACCAUGUUCUCUCUAUGGACCUCAACAACAUCACCCACGGCACUCUUAAGAUGUUUUGGCCUGCGUCUACAAGUAAAAUAGAAGAAUGUCAAAUGGCAGGCAAGGACCCAACACACGGCUGUGGGAACUUCGUGCGGGUGGUGCAACCAUACAACAGAACUCACCUGUUUAUGUGUGGCAGUGGAGCAUACAGUCCUGUCUGUGUGUACAUCAACAGGGGCCGAAGACCAGAGGAACAAGUAUUUUACAUUGACUCGAAGACUGAACCCGGAAAGGGGAGAUGCUCCUUCAAUCCUCGAGUAAAUACAGUCUCUGUCAUGAUCAAUCAGGAGCUGUUCUCUGGUAUGUACAUUGACUUCAUGGGGACAGAUGCUGCCAUCUUCAGGAGCCUUACCAAGAGAAAUGCAGUGCGGACAGACCAGCACAACUCCAAGUGGCUAAGUGAGCCAAUUUUCAUCGACGCCCACCUGAUCCCAGACGGAUCAGACCCAAACGAUGCCAAAUUGUACUUUUUCUUCCGCGAGAGGCUGACAGACAACAAUGGAAACACCAAAAAUAUCCAUACCAUGGUUGCCAGAGUGUGUCCGAAUGACAUCGGAGGGCAGCGCAGCCUCGUAAACAAGUGGACCACCUUCCUUAAAGCCAGGAUGGUGUGUUCGGUGCUGGAGGAGGACGGCUCAGAAACACAUUUUGAUGAACUUGAGAGCGUGUUUUUGCUGGAAACAGAUCAGCCCAAAGGCCUGUUGCUUUUUGGAGUCUUCACGUCCACAAGCUCUGUGUUUAAAGGCUCGGCGGUGUGUGUGUACAACAUGGCCGACAUCCUGACGGUCUUCAACGGGCCCUUUGCUCACAGAGAGGGGCCCAACUUCCAGUGGGUGGCGUUCCAGGGGCGCAUCCCCUACCCACGACCAGGAACUUGUCCCGGCGGAGCCUUCACACCGGACAUCCACACAACUAAAGAGUUCCCAGAUGAGGUGGUGAACUUUGUUCGCAACCAUCCAGUCAUGUUCAACCACAUUUACCCGGUGGGAAGGAGACCCCUGGUGGUCCGAACCAACUCCGACUAUAAAUACACCUCGGUGGCUGUGGACCAGGUCAUGGCUGCAGAUGGAAACUACCAAGUGCUUUUCCUGGGCACAGAUAAAGGUACGAUACAGAAAGUGAUUGUGCUGCCGAGCAACCAGUCCCUGCAGGAAGAUCUGAUCCUGGAGGAGCUGGAAGUCUUCAAGAAUCAAGUUCCUGUUACAAAUCUGAGGAUAUCCUCCAAAAAACAACAGCUGUACGUCAGCUCAGAGGUUGGGGUUUCGCAGGUCUCCCUGCACCGUUGUCCCGCAUACGGCUCGGCCUGCGCUGACUGCUGCCUUGCCAGAGACCCCUACUGUGCCUGGGAUGGACUGAGCUGCUCUCGCUUCUAUCCAACUGGCAAAAGGAGAAGCAGAAGGCAGGAUAUCAUGCAUGGAAAUCCACUCGUUCAGUGUAGGGGAUUCAAUUUAAAAGCCUACAGGAACGCCGUAGAGAUAAUGCAGUAUGGCGUGAAAAACAACACCACUUUCCUGGAAUGUAUUCCAAAGUUUCCCCGGGCGUCGAUUCGCUGGCUCAUCCAGAGGGACAACGACAGGAGGAAGGAGGUGAAGCUGAGUGAGCGUGUACUCUCCACCGAACACGGCCUCCUCAUCCGCUCCCUCCAGCAGUCGGACCAGGGUCUUUACUACUGCCUGACCACUGAGAACAGCUUCAAACGCACUGUGGCCAAGAUCCGCCUGCAUGUGCUGAGCGAGGCCAUGGUGAAGGUGCUAACAGACAAACAGCAGUCCCCCUUGGCCUGGGCCAGCUCUUUGCACCCUAAGGUCCUGUUGGAAGCCUUCAGCCCUGCAGAGAGUCUGGCUGUGCAACAGUACUGCAAAGAGAGGAAGGACUUUCAGAAGCUGCAGCACAGACGGCAGCAGCAACAACCACCACUGCUGCCUGGACCCCUCAGGGGGGAUUUAGCCAAACUGAAGCCCCUGUUGGACCGGAGGAAGAGCCGAAACAGACGCAAUGACCCCCCAGAAGUCUGAAGCAAUGGACUUGUACACCUUCCUCUGAUCCAAUCCAUUUCGAAUCCUCUACAAACUGCAGUUUUCUUGUUCUUGUUUCAACAGGAAAAUGAGAAUAUUGAUUUUGGGAACUUUUUAUUCAACACAGUCCCUUUUGUAUGCAUGUGGGAACACACAAGCAACCACGAGCCGUUUGUUUCCUGUGAUAGAAAUCAAAUGACGUGAACAUGUUUUAACCUUCACUAAUAAACCGUGAUCUCAGCUGAUAGUCUACGAGCUAACACCACUUUGGCUACAGCUGUUUGAUUCAUCCAUUCAACCUUUAUUUAUACAGGUUAGUCUCAGUGAGUGACGAGGACUCAUUAUCAAGAGAUACCUGUUUUAGACAGAGAACAUGUAGAGUACAGCCAACAAUAAUUCAACGAAAUGCAAUUAAAAUCAAAUAAAAGACGUUAUAAACACAGUCAAAUCAAGAUGCCAUGUAAAACAAGGUAAAAUACUAACAACAACAAAUUUGCUUUGAUAUUUCUAU